UAUCAGUUGUUACUUUUAUUGUGAAAUUUGUGCGGGAAAGAUGCCAAAAGAAGCUUAUAAACAAAAGUUCCGUGAUUCAUGGCUAAAUCAGCCGGAUCUGGUGCAGUGGAUGUGUCGUGACCAAAAAGCUAAUUUAGUAAAAACCAAAUUGCGCAACCGACUGCAAAUAGCAACUUUAAAUGCGAUUUUAUCGAUCAGGUUUGGGCUACGCCGGAAAGGCGUAUGUUGCCAUGAAUAUGAAAUUCCUGAGAAAUAUUUAAAAAUGAUUGGAAGCAACCAAUCUACAAAAAAUCAAAGUUUAGAAGUUUGCAAUGAUGACAUUGACGAUGUUCUAAACGAGUUGGCAAGCAAUAAAGAGUGAUAUUACAUAAAAUGUAUGGAAAAAAUAUUUUGUCUUGUUUUUUGUCCUUUUUUUUAAAUUUUUGUCCUUUUCUAUCCUUUUUUUAUAAUCAAUCUAGC